AGCUUGCAAGCUGCAGCGUACCUCUACCUACAUAAAUAGGAAUCCUCUGUAUGUGGCCGUUUCUGCCAGCUCGUGGAAGGCUUCGUGCUCGGGAUAGUGGACAAUUAUUUCUUGUUUUAAAUCACUUCUAGUGCCCUUCAAGCGAAUUAAACAGUCGUAUUUCCAGUGAAAACGGAUAUAGGAAACGUUUCUCGACUCAAGAGACUAAGAUUUUGUCACGCAGUCUCAUUUUACGGCACUCAAAGUUUUUUAAUUACAAUCAGUGGUGGCCACCUUACGAUCGAUGGGGAAGUAUAGAUGCUACCCCAACCCGAAUAACCCCCGGAACUUGGAGCAGAUCAGCAAUGACUUGAAUCAGGAGUGCAAAACCUGCACCGAGCACAGCCGUCUAUCGAAAUGCCUUCGGGAGCGAUUGGAAAGUCUAUCUCGCCACUUACGGCAGGAAGUGGUAAAGCGAACACGGGACGGUUGCUCACCCCUGUUCAUCGUGUGCCGACGGGGCAAUGUGGAAAUUACCGAGUAUCUGAUCACGGUAUGCGAUGCGAACAGCGAACAGAAAGGUUUGUAUGAGGUUUCCGAGGAUCGGUCUGUGCAUUGUGUCACUCCUCUGUGGUGUGCCUGCGUGUCCGGGAACCUGCCGGUGGUGAAGUGUCUGGUCCGGUUGGGAUCCAACAUUAAUGCGCUGUCGGAUACAGGUUCGACACCGUUGCGAAGUGCCUGCUUCAUGACACAUAUCGACAUUGUUCAAUAUUUGGUGGAAAAUGGAGCCGACAUCCGGAGGCCAAACUAUAACGGUGGCACUUGUCUGAUUAAUUCUGUUCAAUCAGUGCAACUUUGUAGCUAUCUUAUUAGUAAAGGUGCGGAUGUGAAUGCCCGUGACAUUCAGGACAAAACAGCUCUCCACUAUGCGAUUCAAGAGCAUCGAUUGGAAACGGCACAGCUCCUGUUGGAACACGGUGCGGACCCGUUUGCCAAAAGUCGCUACGGUGACGAUGCCUUACAGACGGCUUGCUUGAAAGGUGCUCAUCAAAUAUUCGAUUAUCUCAAAAGCAGAAUAAACUAUUCUUCCGAGAGGCUAGCAGACGCUCACGAGCUAAUUGGCUCAACCUUUAUCGAUGACCACAAUGAGACGCGGGUUGCUAUCCUGCACUGGCGAUUGGCUCACCACAUUCGAUUAAGGGAUACAAACUACAUACGCAAGAGACCGGAAGUUGAACCACGAUCAGCAUACGGAAAUGUGGCCGAAUUUUCCACCAUCGCUGAAUUGGACAACAUCGCUGCUGAUGUGGACGCUAUGCGAAUUCAAAGUUUGCUCAUCUAUGAACGAAUACUGGGGAUUGAUCACAAGGAUACGCUCUUCCGUUUGAUGUUCCGUGGUGCUUCCUACGCCGACUCUCUUCGCUACCAAAGGUGCAUCGAUCUGUGGCUGUUGGCGUUGCAAGUACGCGUUCAGAAGUAUUCCAUUCUCUAUUCGGACACUUGCCUGACAGCACAGGCUAUCGUAAGACUUAUGCUGGAUCUGCUAGACAAGUACGUGGACGUGAUGCCAAAUGAAUUUAUCGAGCAAGGUAUGCCACGCUUCGAGGAUGUCUUCGAUGUUUUUCAGGUGCUGACUUCUAAUAUUAACGAAGCUCGACAGUUGCUCAACAUUCGGCCAGUUCACCGCAAGCAGCAAGAAAAUUUCGAUCGAAUUCUCAAAUGUCUAACCCAUCUGAUGUAUCUGCUGAUAGCAACGGCAAAAACAGUCGACGAGCGAGAGCUGGUCAACGAAACCGUCCGCACGCUGGUGCGAAAUAACAUCCGCAGUGCAAUCACGAACGAUACUCUACUGCAUUUAUCGGUGUCGAGAUUGAAUGUAAUCAAGAGUGGUUAUUUUACGGACGACAGUAGCUUGCGGGUGAUAUUUCCGAAUUUAAACGUGGCCAAGCUUUUGUUGGAAUGUGGAGCGCACGUCAACGCCAAGAACGAGAGUAAAUCAACGCCUCUGCUAGUCGCCUCGAUGCCCUAUAAUUAUGACCGUGAGCUUGUCUUCAUGCUGCUGGAGUACGGUGCUCACUUGGACCAGCCCAACCGAAACGAUGACCGGCCAAUGUCACUGAUCGCAAUCAAUCCGGUCAACGACAUCCCACUGGUCAACUACAUCACGCUCAAGUGUCUCUGCUCGAUGGUCAUCACCAAGUUCGGUAUCCCAUACCGGAACCAGAUUCCGCGCACGUUGGAAGAUUUUGUCCGGUGGCACGAGCCGUAAUGAAGAACACCCCAGCGCGGCAGCUUCUUCCCGUCUGCUACGGUGUAAGCUGUGAAACUAGAAGAGGUAUGCUUUCUCUUUUCCCGAAUGGCUCGUGUGUUGCGCACACUUCUGUACGUCCAUUGCCCCGCGUUGCGAUCGAUCUCGAUCCCAGUCGUCGUUAGGUGGUUUUUCGAACGUAAAAUCAAGAUUGUGCUGAAUGAAUGGCAAUCGAAUGUAUAAAUUUAAAUAUGUCAAUCUGACAGUGCAGCAGAAGUAAAUAUUCGCUUUAUAGGUGAUAAAUGUCAAUUGAAACAGGAUAGCGAACGGAACAAUAGAUAUCUUAUUCGAAUGCGACAUCCAGGACAGAAGGGCAUGGUAACUUGUUUCUCUGGAACCGGUCUAGUUUUUCAUUUGACACAGUAAAAAAGGGUGGAUAAGGAGUUUUUUCUAUAAAUGCGUUGAUAGUAUCUAAACUGUCUUGGUCUUUAGUCUUUGGAAAAUUAAGAAGAUUUUUUAAUUAGCUUGGUAAAAUGUGAAUGAUUGGUGAUCGUUACAAGUAUUCAUGUUCAGAGUCUUUAACAUCUUUGGCAUGUUUCAAGUAUAGCUAGCACAUCAAUAUCGCCAUUUUCCAGUUAUCAGUAAUCUGUUUUUGCAUUUCCUUUAUUUAUAAUGGUGACGUUGAUAUGCAGAUGGCGAUCUGUAAAAAGUUGAUAUUCCUUGCGGUGGCCACACAGAAAGUCGAUUUCUAGUUCUAGUUCUUUCUAGUUUCUAGUCUAUCAACCAUUGUAAUCAUUAUUAUUAUUAUUAUCAUUAUUAUCCCAUUCAUUUCGCCCCUUCUCGGCGAUCAUGUUUUAUGAUUAAAAACUGCAUCAGCUGCAUUGCGUCUCGUACAUUUGAAGGCAAACAAUGAUUGAUCCUUGAUUUGGCAAUGAUUCUGUAAUCGGAGAAUGCAGAUAAAAUAUGUUUCUGGUUUCUGGAAAUCGAUUAUGGUAUCGUGUAGCUUGACAUUCAACUCAAUCUCGCCUUCUGCUCAUCAGCCAUCUGUCUUUCUCUUUCUCCCAAUUUCACUGAUGACGGUUAAUGUUGAAGUUGUGUUCUAGUAACCCGAAAGAGGUUUAUGCAAACAGAAGGAUGUAUACUCUGUAGUGAUUAGCCACAGAGCCAGUUGUUUUCUGUUGCGCUAUUAAAAUUUUCCUAUCAACCAUUUUAAUUUGUAAUCAUUAGCACUAUCAUCAUUGAUUAUUUGAGAAUACACCCGGAUUUCGUGACAAACUGGGCGUUCAUACUUGUGAAAAUUUAUCUUAGACACAGUUGUACAAAUUAGGAGGAGUUCGGAUAUCAGCCACUGAAACACAACUUGUUACUCGAUCUAAGAACCAACCAUUGAACAAUUUAUAACUGCAUAGGUGUUCGAUAUGCAAAGCCUAACUUUGCCAUGGACUUUGGUAGUGAAAACUGUCGUGACUGACUGCAUCCAUUGAAUUGUCAGCCUAGAGAAAUCUGCAGAUUGGCCCGGCAGAGUGUAGUAAUUGUCACACGAAUGAGCGAGAAGCACGCAGAACACGCGCUUUUAUUCAAUUAACUCUUCUAAGUAUCGCGAUUAGUAUUCCACCGCUUGCUGAGAUAUGUCGCCUUUCAAUGCUAUUGCACGAAUGAACGAGAAGCACGCAGAAAGACGCGCUUUUAUUCAAUCAACUCUUCUAAGUACUCGACUAAUAUUCCUCCGCUUGCUGAGAUAUGUCGCCGUUCAAUGCUGUAGUACUAAUCAACUCUUCGAGCUGCUUUGUGCAUCUUAUAUUCGUUUCUUCGAUAUUAAAUGCUGAAGAAGGGGAAGUAGCCCUGCCCUGAAUUGAAUUAAAUUUACGAAUUUCUUUCUAGUGAACCAUAAUAAGCAGAGUUGUAUUUAUUUGUACUCCAACUUCUCGUUUAUUGCAACAUUCAACCGAUCGAUAGCCAGUCGAACCUAAAUCUGCUGACAGGACAUUUUCGGUAGCGUUGGACUUCGGUCGUGGUUAUCAUGAUAUUGUUUUCAGUAGUAAUUAAUAAUCGAAUAUUAUUUUCUGUCAUGAACGUCUGUGAGAAAAAUAUACCGAGGCCGGUUCAUCUCCUCCUUUUCACGAGCAAGUCCGGAUUUGAGGAGGGCAAAGGGGGCAAAUGCCCCGGGUCUUUCGAUUCAGGGGCGUUUUUUUUAGUUUUUUUUUUAGGUUUGAUCAGAAAAGUUUUAGGCAACUGAAUUAUCUAUAUAAAAAAAAGUUUAAAAAAAUAGUGAUGAUUGAUUUUUUAUAGUCACUUUUUGUUUUUGGAUUUUUUUUUUAGUACAGGAUCUCAAAUUGAAUUUUUGAAAUAUUUUUUAUAAAAGCUCAGACAGUUUUCUCAAAUUCAUUCCUUGACAACUUUUUUCUAUCUUUUGUCAUUGUUCAGAUAUAUCGAUUUAUGAAAAAACAACUGCAGCUUUUUCACAUGUUUGUACAGAUAAAUUUUCCAAAAAAAAAUGAAAUCGCUGAUUUUACGUAUUUAGUUAUUGAUUUAACAUCUUCAAUAAAAAAAAAUAAAAAAUUUCCCGAUUUUAUCACUUUCUCUAUUUUAUCACGCCAAAAAUCAUCAGGGUGAGAUAUAAUCGGGUGAUCACUGUAUUGCGAAAUAUUUACAUCACUCGAUAUUAUAAAGUAUUUAUCGUUGCAUUUUUGUGCACCCCUUUUACUUAUAUCACAACUCCUUGACAGCACAUUAUUGUCGGAGUGAUAUGAAUGUGACAGAUGAACAAUAAAUAUUAAAAUAUAUCCACCAAUAUCGUAUUAUAUUACCGAAAUAUUUCUCUUAGAAAUAAAGUUGUCUAGCCCCUAGUCCUAUGGUUUUGUUUGAUUAUAUAUUGUAGUGUAUAUCUGGCUGGACCUUGGGCUGCGUUGAUUCUGGCUAUGUUGUGGUAACCCUCCUUCUCGUCAAAAGUAGCCUGAUUAGUUCUGCCUUAAGGUUGGUAUGGCUCCGCAUUAAGGGCGCUCUUCUUUGGCUAGUACCAACGAUGCCUUCCAGGUUUAGCAGCGUUGAUUGAGCUUGUCUGAACACCUCAUUUAAUAGUUGGUGUCUCGCUUCCAAUUG